CCUCAGUUACUUUUUAGUAGCAGUGAGGAGUUGCUAACACGCUGCCACUAUUUAUUUUGUAAACAGCGCUCCCGAGUUGGUUACUUUGUGUUCGGAGCUCCCUAGGGAGGCAGGGGUGUCUCUUGCUGUUACAAAAUUGCUCCCUUAUGUAAGGGCUGCGAGGUGCCCUCUUUGUGCUGGGGCCGCAGCUGUCGGGGUUUGUGAUCGCUGCCGGUGCGGGGAUGGUGGCAAUGUGUGACACAGGCUUCGGAUCACGCCUUUGCCUGCGCCUGUCACGGGGGCAAGAUAAGGACUUGGCUGUUGGAGCACCGUUUUUGGAAAGCUGUGAGAGAUUCAGGGUUUGUGGCAUAGUAUGGAUUUGACAUCAUCACAGCAUAACCAUCUACAAAAUCAAGGGGUUAGAGAACUCAAAAGACAAGAGGGGGAAAAAGAAGAUGAACAGAUAGUUGCAGAAAUCAUGUUGAGGCGUUUCUUUCCUGACCAUAUAGCUUAUAAGACCUGGGAAGGCUUUCACUUUGCUGGCCAUGAGAUAAGAAUUACAGAAGCCACUGAUUGCUACGGGGCAGUUGUCUGGCCAUCGGCUCUUGUUCUGUGUUAUUUUUUGGAAACUCAUUCUAAACAAUGCAAUUUGGUUGACAAAAAUGUGAUUGAAAUUGGAGCUGGAACUGGCUUGGUCUCCAUAGUAGCCAGUUUACUGGGUGCCUUUGUAACUGCCACAGAUUUGCCAGAACUACUGGGAAACCUUGAGUACAACAUUCUCCAAAAUACAAAGCAGAAAUGCAAACACCAGCCUUGUGUCAAGGAGUUGUCCUGGGGAAUUGAUCUGGAAAAGAACUUUCCUCGGUCUUCCUGUCACUUUGACUACAUUAUGGCUGCUGAUGUAGUUUACUACCAUCCAUUCCUGGAUGAGCUCCUCCUAACUUUUGAUCACUUGUGCAAGAAUGAUACUGUUAUUCUGUGGGCCAUGAAGUUUAGGCUGGAGAAUGAGAACAGAUUUGUGGACAGAUUUCAGACGCUGUUUGACUUAGAGAUGAUUUCUAACUUUCCCAGUUUGAACAUAGCCUUAUAUAAAGCAAUGAGGAAAGACAGGAUGAAAGCCAGACCUUCCAAACUGAAGGUCUGAAAGAGAGAUAUAGGGAGGUGGCUGUUGCAGCUGUUCUCUCUUUAAUAAUUUCCAUUUUAGUAGCUGCUGACACUUACGUGAAUGACAUUUCUAGAGAUAGGUAAAACAAAUCAUCAAAUUCCUAGUGCAUUCCUAUAAAUUCCUAAAUUCAAUUUGCCAAUAGUGAUAUACACAGAAGAGAUAUAUCUGUGACAUUGUCUUGACUUUUAUGUGCUAAGCUGACAACUCUAAUAACUUUUACAAGUCUUACCAUGAUUGUUAUGGGUCAUAUAAUGAAUAUUUCCAGAAAUUUUCAAUUACAGCUUUGAACAGCCUCUUAUAAAUUUGAACAAUUAUUUAAAACUUUAGACUAUAAAUCUUUGUAUUUAAAAGUUUUGGUGUUAAAUCUGAUAUUUCCCCAUUUUCACUAUCAUUUUAAUCCUUCCUUUGAAUGCUCUUAAAUAGGACAUUAAAUUAGCUGAAAAAACCUCACCACCUGGAAAGCACACUUUUGUGAUAAAGGGAUAGAAUACAUUAAUUACUCUUAAUGUAAUGAUUAUGCUUUCAUUUUUAAAUUUAAAUUUAGGGAUUCU